AGUGAACUCACAUCUACAUGGGCUGUCACUUUGCCACGUAUGCAGCAUGUAUUCACUCAUUCGUAGACGGCAGAGACAUAGGUAUUUGCAGUCUGUCGUCAUGUUAUAACUACUGUUGCUGAAUAGAGGACAGGUUAAGUUUGAUUUUAAUCAAAAGCAUCUGUUACCUUUUAUCAGCAUGAGGUGUGUUUACCCAAUCUUAGCAGACAGAUAUUUUACAGAAUCAGAACAAAACCAAAGAAGUAAAACAAAAUGCAGUUUUCUUCAUGUUUCUAGAGGAAUAAAGAAAAAAGUUAAAGAAAAAUAAAUAAGUGUAUGAUCUCUUGAUGACUGGUUUUGGACAAUAAAGCUUAAGGCAGUAUGAGGCCUCCAAUGAUGUGUGAUUUGUGGCAGUUCAGGUGCUGGCAUUGGGCUGAAUGCCAAGAGGCGGUGAGGUACAGCGAGGAGGCGUUCAAACAGGUGUGAGGGGGAUGGCACAGGAAUCUGAGAUAUGCGCUAAAAUAAAAGGGACAAUGAUUUCGCAGGUGUUCAUCUUAACUUCUAAGGGUGAUCAUCUCAUUUUCAAAGACUUCCGAGGGGAAGCUGGAGUUGAUGCCAUCAAUGCUUUCUAUGAAAGUGUGACAGCUUUAAGCGGCGAUCAGCCACCUGUCGUCAUGACCCAUAAAGACAUGCAUUUCAUACACGUCAGACAAGGAGGGCUUUACUGGGUUGCCUCCACAAAAACCAGUGCCUCUCCAUUUACCAUCAUUGAGUUUCUUAAUAGAUUAACAGCUCUGACAAAGGAUUAUUGUGGCACUUUGUGUGAGAAAUCUGUCAGAGCAAACUUUGCUCUCAUAUAUGAACUAUUGGAUGAAAUGGUGGACUAUGGCUAUAUCCAGACCACCUCCACUGACAUUCUCAAGAACUUCAUCCAGACAGAGGCGGAGAGCUCCAAACCAUUCAGUCUGUUUGACCUGAGUAAUGUUGGGCUGUUUGGAGCAGACACACAACAGAGCAAAGUGGCCCCCAGUGCGGCAGCGACUCGCCCCAUCAUGGCCAACCGUGGAGAACAGGGUGGAAAAAAUGAGAUAUUUGUGGAUGUGAUUGAAAGGCUAGCCAUGGUUAUCGGCUCUAAUGGCAUUAUAAUGAAAGCUGACAUAGAAGGAGAGAUCAGGGUGAAAUGUUAUCUGCCAAACUGCUCAGAGAUGAGGAUCGGACUAAAUGAGGGACUCAGCAUAGGAAAGUCACAGCUUAGAGGCUAUGGCUCUGCGGUGCGUGUGGACGAAUGCAGUUUUCACCAGGCAGUUAAACUGGAUGAGUUUGACACGUACAGAAUCAUAAAAGUCUGCCCUAGCCAAGGCGAGCAAGUAAUAAUGCAAUACCAGGUCUGUGAUGACUUGCCGUGUCCACCACCAUUUCGGUUGUUCACCUCAGUGGAGAGGGACAGCGGAAACAGAUUAUUACUCUACCUGAAGCUACGGUGUGAUUUGCCUCCUAAGAGUGCUGCUAUUAAUGUGUCCAUCUCUGUCCCUGUCCCAAAGGGUGCAAUAAGUCUCUCACAGGAGCUGAGUAGCCCAGACCAGCGUGCCGAGCUCCAGCCCAAAAAUAAAGCUGUUCUCUGGGAGAUCCCUCGCUUCCCGGGGGGCUCACAGCUCUUGGCGCUGUUCAAGAUGGAGGUUCCAGGACUGUCCUCAGCGUCUCUGCUGGAAGUGGGACCGGUGGGCAUGUGCUUUGAACUGCCAAAGCACACCUGCACAGGCCUUCAGAUACGAUUCCUUCGCCUAACCCCAACUCAGCCAGGAUCAUCACAGCGUUGGGUCCGCUAUGUGACCCACUCAGACUCUUAUACCAUCCGAGUCUAAAGGACACGGACCUUGAACAGGAGCCCUCUUGUUGGUCUUAUGAACUGCUGGGCUAUGUGGCCGUGUACUUUUGAUCGGAUGAAUGCUUGUUCUUGAGGAACUUGUUCAGGAACUUGUCUAGCAUUAUUGUACACACUGUUAUUGUGCUCUAUUGCACUGUUGUUCGGCUCUGGAAACCAUAUGGGGCCAAAAAGUAAAAGCAUUAAGCAAGAUUAAAACAUUUUUUUCCCUACAUAGCUAAAACUAUAUAUGACCGUGAAUGUUUUUAUUAGUGGCUGGUCAUGUUUAAUGUGUCAGACGUUGGAGGAUAACUGGGACAUGUAUUGUUUAAUAAAUAAGUAUUAUUUAUUGUCUA